ACGGGCGUCACGGACCUUGAAUGCGAUGGAGCAGGCGCGCGGGCCGGGGGCCGAGGCUGACGCCCCAGAGGAGGAGGAGGGGGAGGCGCGGGCGGCCAUGGCGGCCGUGGUGUCUGCUGCGGGUGGAGCGUGCCCCGCAGUCCUGCAGGUGGCCGGCCUCUACCGGGGUCUGUGUGCAGUUCGCAGCCGCGCCCUGGGGUUGGGGCUCGUGUCACCAGCGCAGCUGCGCGUGUUCCCGGUACGCCGGGGCUCCGGCCUGCCCUCUGGGGGAGCAGAAGGCAGCGGGGUCAGCGAGUUGGAAGCUAACCCCUUCUACGACCGCUACCGGGACAAGAUCCAGCAGCUGCGCAGGUCCGACCCAGCUGCCUUUGAGUCCCGCCUGGAGAAGCGCAGUGAGUUUCUAAAGCAACCAGUGGGGCACUCCAAACAAAGUGAGUUUAUCAGACGUGUGGAGCAGAAGACAGAUGCCUCAGGGAAACAGCCUGUGAGCAAAGGAUUCACUAAGGACAAGACUCUCAGUUCAAUCUUUAACAUUGAGAUGGUGAAAGACAAAACUGCAGAGGAAAUAAAACAGAUUUGGCAACAGUAUUUUUCAGCAAAAGACACAGUCUACGCAGUUAUUCCUAAAGAGAAGUUUGAUUUGAUCUGGAACCGGGCUCAGUCCUGCCCAACAUUCCUUUGUGCACUACCAAGAAGAGAUGGUUAUGAGUUCUUUGUAGGACAGUGGACGGGUACUGAACUCCACUUCACUGCUCUUAUAAAUAUUCAGACCCGAGGGGAUGCAGCAGCCAGCCAGCUGAUUUUAUAUCACUAUCCUGAACUUAAGGAAGAAAAGGGCAUAGUGCUGAUGACAGCUGAAAUGGAUUCCACAUUUCUGAAUGUUGCUGAGGCACAGUGCAUCGCCAAUCAGGUUCAACUCUUCUAUGCCACUGAUCGGAAGGAGAUCUUUGGGCUAGUAGAAACCUUUAACUUCAGACCAAAUGAGUUCAAAUAUAUGUCUGUCAUCGCUGAAUUGGAGCAAAGUGGACUUGGAGCAGAACUGAAAUGUGCCCAGAACCAGGAUAAGACUUAGAGAUAUCUGAAUUGACCCUUCGCAGAGUUGACUCAGUCCUGGAUAGCCUGAAGUCCACCCAAACCCUUGACCUCCAGAGUUCAACGCAACACGCAGUCUGUAAAGAGUUACCAUGUAUGCUACUACAAGAAGAGACUAUGGGCAUGAGCCCUAAUACUUGAUAUUCAGAACGAAGGUAUACAAAUACUUUGAUAAUUACCUCUCACUCUAACGGUUCCUUUUAUGUGUUUCUGGGCAUUUAAACAAGAAAUAUUCAGGGAUCUGCAAGACUAUUGACAGGGUUUUAUUCAGUGUAACAGUGAAGUUGCAUUCUGGCCAUUUUGACUUCAUAGCUCCCAGUUCUUUGUCUUUCUAAACCUGUAGCAAUAAGCUUGAGGAUCUUAAGAGAUGUCGGCUUUAUGCAUUCUUUCCAUGCACCAGUGAACUGGCUGAAAACAACCCGAGAAUCCUGGCCAGACUCAACACAACUUGCUAUUCUCCUCAAAAUAAAGACUUCUGGCUGCCCCUCCAGAGUUGUCUUCCGUGUAACUCAGCGAUUGCAGGUACAAGUGCCUGCAAUAAUAAACAAAUACAAUGCCUGCACACUGUUAAACCGUUGCUUUUGGCCCUGCUCCCUGAACUCUGCCUGUGAGAAGCUAAUGAAUCAGUUCAGUGUAAAUAAAACCUUUUUAGAAGAUCAUUCCAGAUUUGCAUGAUUUGAAAAGUUAUAUGAAAAUGUGGUAGAGCACAUGUUCCCAGACUUGAGUGUGGAGAAUGUAGCAGAAAGUCUGGUUUUCAGUCUUUGCUCACAGAACAGUGGAAACUCAGCUGUGUGCUGUUGGUGGCAUCAGCUGUGGGCUAAUUUUAUCAGAACUCUUCUUGGGGCUCAGUGAUUUCUUGAAAUGCCACAAAUAAGCAAGUUAUUCUUCACCAGAAGUACAUGUCUCUCUCUAGCUCCAGGUUCACUUGUGAAAAAGAAUGGUGGAUCCAGACCAGCCUUAUGAACUCAGCCUCAGGUGUCGCCCAGUGUAGCCGGUCCCUGUACCACACCUCAUCUUAUCUAAUGUGCUCCACUUUAAUCAACCUCAGUCUGAUGUUGUUAGAUGCCACCAGACAUGGUGAAUAGAAAGUUAAGUAGUAGUUUCAGCUUAUGUCUAUAUAUUAUUCAUUACAGGUUUUUUUAGGGUGGGCUUCUCAAAGCUUUUUAAGUGGGUGUGGUGGUCUGAAUAAGAACGGCUCCCAUAGGCUCAUAGAUUUGAAUGCUUGGUCACCAAGGAAGGAGUAGAACCGUUUGAAAGGGUUAGGAAGAUUAAGAGGUGUAGCUUUGGAGGAGGGGAGAGGGGCUUUGAGGUUAAAAGCCUGUGCCAGGCCCAGAGUGUGUCUCUCUCCCUCUUCCUCUCUCCCUCCCUCCCAGCAUGCAGGUCAGGAUGUAGCUCUCAGCUACUCCUCCAGUAUCAUUCCUGCCUGCUACCAUGCUCUCUGCUGUGAUGAUGAUGGACUGAGCCUCUGAAACUGUAAGCAAGCCCCAAUUAAAUGCUUUCUGUUAUGAAAUAUGCCGUGUCAUGGUGUCUCUUCACAGCAGUGAAAUGUGACUAAGACAGCAGGGUUGGCCAGCCCAUUAUUUUCUGGAUGGAGAAACAGAUAGUGUUUCUUUAACCUGGAGAAGCUAUGCUGUGCUUUCAGUUUCUCUGAAGGUUGAGUGUUUUCUGAUGCAGCUUCUAGACCUGCCAUGGUCACAAUAGUCCACAUUUUAAGAACUUGAAUGCUAUCAACUCUGCAGUUUUCCUUAAAUGCCUUCCACGCUUCUGGGUGAUAUAAGUCUGGAGACUCGGCCUUGGGUGGGGCUGCUUUUGUGGGUAUCCAGCUAUGUUUGUUUUUCUCUAGAAAGGCCCAGUUCUUAGUCACAGAACAUUUUCAUGACACCACUACUAGCAGGUAAAAAAAAAAUGAUGAUGAUGAAAAAAGUAAAGAACUAGCUGUUCAUGUCAUAUCUCCUCCCAGCUUUACCCUCAAUCCCAUCUUGCCAAAGAAGGAUGCCAUCUGACUGUUGUUAAUAUUUAUUUUACCAAAGAGAUCUAACAGAUAAAUGAAAACCGUAGUAGUUAGUCUGUAAAUGCAUUCCCUGAUUCCAGCAUACUGUUUCUAAGGUGGGCUUUGGAGCUCAUUGAAUUGGGUUCACAUAGCAGCGUUACUUUUCUUAGCUUGUUAAUGAUAAAUUACUUAAACUCUAAUUCUUACCUUUCUUCUGAACACGGGGACAAUAUCUACCUCAUUGGAUUAUUUUGAGACUUCGAUAAGCUUCUAUAUAGACUACAAUAGAAUUCAGUACAUGCUGGAUCCCUUCUUCUUUAGUUCUUCAUUAAAGACCAACACAGGGGCUCGGAAUAGCUCAAUGGUGGAACUAUGUUUCUAGCAUGUAUCAGGCCCUGCAUUUGGUUCCCAGCACCAGACAGGAAGAAAGUUAAGUCAGCAUUUCAAAUGCAGAGAUCACAACAAAUUCUAUCUCACUGGUUCCCAACUUGAGAUGCAGUGGAAUCACUUAAGAGCACUUAAAGAUGCAAUUCGUGGGUGCUGGCCGGCUGACUGAAGUAUGCAGAAAGCCCUGACAACCUACAUUUUAGUAUGUAUGUACUAGGUAAUUCUGAUGUGGGUAAUUCGUGAGCUUUUGUGAGCCAUCACCUUGUCUCUUAUGAAAAUGUCCACUAGGCGGUCUUUUCUCACCUACAGACAUUCACAAAGGAUUUAGAUUCCUCUGCUCGCUGUCUUUCUAGUAGUACUCUAGUUACAUUGCAUUAUAUUUAUUUUUGUGUGUUUACCCCACUAGACUGUGAGCUCCUUGAGGGCCAGGAUUUAUCUUUAUUCUCAGUGCCAAGGACAUGACGUGAACCACAAAAGAAACUCAACUGUUGAACAAAUAAAUGAUACAGAUUUUAGCCAUAA